AUACCCCAAAUACAAUCCAAAAAUUGAACCGUCAAAAAUACAUACCAAAAGUCACAAAGUAAAACUCUCUUUACCGUGGUUUAACUUUUUAUAUUUUUCCGGUCACAAACCACCGUCACCGCCACCGUCAUCGGCAUCUUUCUCAGAUUGAAGGAGAGCGCAGUUCGUAGGAUUUAGCUAGGUCAUGAAAAUUUCAACAUUCUCUUGACAUAUUAGUAUGAAUAUGGAGUCACAAGUUUCGUGUCGUGAGGCAUCGGAUGUGCCGGAAACUGUGUUUAUUAAGGACGUGAUCACAUCUGAGACACAUCAUGUUGCGCCUAAUCCGCCAGCGAAGAAACAAACACGACAAUGGGCUGCUUGGACGCGUCAGGAAGAAGAAAGUUUCUUCAAUGCUUUGCGUCAAGUUGGCAAGAAUUUUGAGAAAAUAACUUCUCGUGUUCAGAGUAAAAACAAGGACCAAGUUAGACACUAUUAUUAUCGUCUUGUGAGGCGUAUGAAUAAGUUGCUUGGCCCGGAACUUUCUCUUGAUGCCAAAAACUCCAAAGAUACCAAUGCUGCCAUGCUUCGAUGGUGGUCAUUACUUGAAAAGUAUAGCUGUAAAGCCUCAAAGCUUCACUUGAAGCCUCGAAGAUUCAAACAUUUUUUGGAGAGCUUGGAACAUCAAUUAUUGAAAGACCGUAAGAAGAAUAUCAAAAAACGACUCGUUCAGGGGGAAAACGGUUCGAUAAAUUCAUCACAAGGUGUCUCAAAUCAGAACAAUAGCAAAGGAGACUCGUCUCCUGUUAAACAAGCCAGACAGAAGAAAAGAUCAGGUGGUUCAUCCACAGCUGCUUAUAGAAAGUGGGAAAAGGCUGCGAUAGCUGGAGUGUCGUUAGUAGCCGAUGCUGCUGCACAUUUGGAGCAGACAGCUUUGGAUAAAUUAGUUGACGGUGUACAGUUUAUGCAGGGAGACGAUGCUGUGAGACGAGAUAUUCCCCCAGUACCACAUUUUCAUCAAACUAUGUUUCCCACCAACACCGUACAACCUUUGACAAAACUAAAACUUCAGCUCUUCCCAAUUAACGAAAGCAUACGCAGAGCGUUGGAAAUGGACAAUCACAACCCACAUUUGGAGCUCACGUUAAGUUGUCGGAAGAAAAUAUCAUCGGUUUUGGAACAUAUAAAUCGUAAAUGGGGAAGCUGUAGCAUAGCAUCUGGAGAAUUAAUGCUUCUGCCUUACCAUGCUCCGAGUUUAAAUCCCGUGAUCUGUCAGAAGUGGACUCAAGAUUCAGUUUUAAGUGCGGCAGACGUAUAUGCUGCAAUUGGAAGCCCUCCUGUUUUCCGUUUAAGGUAUGGAUGGUUUACAACGCCAAAUCAAGAACCUCAACCGGUUUCGGCUGCUCAAAGAUUCAACAUGAACAGUGUAGAGGAGAAGGGAUCUCAAAAGAAUGCAGGUGCUGUGUCGGUAUUCGAAUGGGCAGACAGCCUUACAAACACGAGUAUCAGUGAUCUGCUUUCAGAUGUAAAUAAUAAUAAUAUAAAUAGUAACAAUAAUAUUAAUAAUAAUAGUAAUAGUAAAAAGCAUGCCAACGCCAGCAUUGGGUCUCUGGGCUCUCAGUGUUCAUUUAGCUGUGAUUCCUUUGAUGCUGCUAUUGCCGCUCACAUAGGUAAAACUAUUGGCAAUAAUAACGGUGUCGAGCCCACUGUCGUAUCCUCUUCCAUCUGGGAUGCUGAAGAAACAUGUGAUGCAUUCACAUUCCGUAAAAACAACGAUCUUUUUGACAAACACGACACUUCUGCUAUGAGUCUUGUUCCAUCAACCUCUGCCGUUGAGAAACUACCUGAUGCAGAGGAGCCUGUGCAGGAUUGUCAUGCAGAAGUAGACGCCAUGGAUGAGUGUCCAUCUGAUGUUAAUCCCAAGGAUGAUUCUGCAAAAGAUUUACAUGCUCUUACUGAUAUAUACUGGCCCGACUCUUUGGGACCUUUAGAAGUGGAUGUGCCUCCCUGUAGAUACCAAAGCAAUGACCUUAUAUUGAGCGAGAGUCUUGGCGGGUUGACUCGUAUUCUAACGAGCAGCCUCGAUGCCUUUUUCUUUGGAGUGGAGCAGAGAGUAGGAGAUCGGGAAUCUACACCUGUUAAUAUAGUACCCUAACACCGACACCUGAGACCUUACCACACAGCUCUUUUAGGUACAGCUUUUACUGCAUCGGGUAAGAGUUGUUAAAGCGUGGUUGUUGUGGUUUUGAUCUAUCUUUUGGUUUCUGGACAGUUUUACAUGUAAAGUAGUUCACUAAUGACUUGUUAAUGAUCCUUUUGUUAUAUAUUGUGUGCUUGGCUAGUUGGCUCCAACAGCUAAAUUUCGAAUAACUGAGGCAAAAUACACUUAACAUUUAUGUCACUUUGUAUAUUUGAGUUGUGCAUUA